GUGAGUCGGUUCUUGACGAAACAUUUUUCGGUCCGACAGAUUAUAAUCCUAGGAGCAAUAAUUGGAACUUCAUGCUAUAUAAUGACUUCUUUUUCACAAUCAUCUUGGCAGUUUGGAGCUGCUUUGCUCUCAUCAGGUAUAGGCUACAGCAUGGUGACGUUUCCUGCACACGCACUUCCGGUUCGGUACUUCCCAGAUAAAUUCGAAUUAGUUUCUAGCAUCAUAAUGACAGCUGGUGGUCUAGGCAUGAUGUUGAUCCCCGUCAUAGCUGAACAACUUAAUCGCAUAUACGGUUGGCGACAAGCCAUGCUACUUCUUGGUGCAUUCAGCUUCCACAACAUCCCCAUCGGUGCGUUGGUGAAGGAAGAGGGAAGAGGGAAUGUCUCACAACCGCUUUUGGAGUCAACAUCGAUCAGCAAUCGAGAAAAUAAUCCUGACGAGGAAAAUCACUUGAGGGAACUAAGUAAAGCAGAAGCGGAUAUACAGUCAACGGAAUCUUCAGAUGUGAAGCCCAAUUCAAAGACGAUUGUCACCGAGAAAGAGACAGACGGUGUCAAGAGCACGUUACAAGAAUCAGUCUGGCAUUCGCUGAAAGCUCUUACAUGUUUUGACAUUGUGGAAAAGAAGCCAGAUGUUUUGAGUGUCAUAUUCGCCAUGUUUAUGCUAGGCAUGUCUUAUAGCGGUUGGGUUAUAUUUAUCGUACCAAACGGCAUCGCGAAAGGAUAUCCAUUGGAAAAUUCAAUUUUCCUUGCCACAGUCGGGGGAGCUGCCAAUGUCUUUGGACGUUUCAUCGUAGGGUUCGUAAGCAAGUGGCAGCUUUUCUCAAACAACAAGCUAUUUGUUAUGUUAUGUUUUGUGUCUUUCGUGGCAUACACGAUGAACAUCUCUGCAACUCGAUUUUGGGACUUGUGCAUUCUUGCAGUUUUAAAUGGUAGUACCUUAGGUGCUAUGACAGGUAUGAUAACAUUGCUUUCCCGGGAUACAGCACCUGACGGGGACGGGGACGUAGAGGGCGUGAUAUCUCUGCUUCUUAUGGCAGUCGGAGGAGGUCUUCCUGUCGGUGGCUUUACUGUUGGUUGGUUAUUUGACAAGUCUAAUUCGUACGACGCGUCUUUCAUUUUCCUCGGCUCGGUCAGUCUGGUCUCAGCCUUCUUUCUCAUCACCCCAAGCAUACCCGAUGCGUGCCGUUGCGUCUACCAGUCUAUCUUUUACCGAUGUCUCAACCAGAGGAGUCGAUUCCGGGGGGCGUGAGAACGAUAGAACCCUACCAUCGAUUUGCCACCCCCCAAUAAUUUUGACAACUCGAACAAAUUAAAAUGUGCAAUGUAAAUAAUAUACUCUCAACAAACAUUGAAAAGUACUAUAAAACCACUUAGAUUGUAAGUAAAAAUACUACUAAAUAUACAAUUGUGUUUUUUUUGCGCUCCGCUCGUGCAAUGCAGUAGGCCUUAAUAGUUUUUCACUUCUGCCCCCCCCCCAUCCGAAACAUGGAUGGACGAUGGACGUCCCUGAUCUCACCGUUAUGCUGAAAUGAAAGUUUUGUUGUACCGGUGUUGCUUUAAAAAUCCCGUGCUAUAGUUUAGCUUUCCUUUUCGUCUGGGUAGAUGAUUGUGUUUACUUUAUUCUGGUUGGCCAGGCCUGUUUUCUUUUAUAAAGUUUCCUUUGUUUUUAUGUCCCGUAUUCUGAGGUCAGGUUUAACUUAAUUAGACCAAGGUCUAACUCUGUUAGAAUUAUGGGGAGCCAAAAAUUCUGUUUAUAUUGUCUAUUUCUUAUGUUUACUAUUUUGUUUUCUUUUGCUUUUAUAAUGAAGAAAUAUAUUUCGAAAUACUUAAGUUAUCAUUCCCAGACAAUCUGGGCGUCAUAUGAGUUAAUAAAUCGAACGUGUACUGUUAGGGAUUUGUGCCCCAUUGGCUAUCCAUAGUUACACCACAAAUUUAAACCAGAGUUUAAAUUAAACCCGACUUCAGAAUACGGGCCUAUUUAUAAGUGCCUGCUGCUUGUUUGGGAUGGGAUGAUGAUGGUGGUGGGGGGGGGGGGCGGCGAAUGAGUUGAUGUUUUGUUUUGAAUAAACUCAUUCAUUCACCUUGACUCUGCAACUUGAUAGUAAGAUAAUCACUGUACAUUUUUUGGGUAUCAUUUUGUCAUCAUUCCCCCCCCCCCCAAAAAAAAUAAAAAUAUAUGCACUUUGUAUCAGUGUUUUGUAUGUACCGAAAGGAACGAAUCAAAUAAAUACUCCUACUGAAAAAGAAGAGGUGAUCCUCAUUACCAGGUAUCUCGGAAAGGAUGUUGGCCUGAAGCCGUUGAGCUCAAUCGUUCAGAGACAGAAAGAGCUAGAGAAAGAGGGGGGGGGGGGGGGCACGCACAAAAAACGAGUAGAGCAGCACAUAGAGAAAGAUAUGAAAACACACAACGCACAUACGCCACACUCACCCACACACCAGGUGGGUGUUUCAUAAAGCUGUUCGUAAAGUUACGCACAUUUUUACGUACGACUGGAACAUGUUCUUCAGUCAUAUAUCAAUUAUACAGGGAUACCAUUUAGCACAAGAAAGGAUCACCAGUCGUGCGUAAAGUCAUUUGUAAUUUACGAAUAGCUUUAUGAAUAGAAAGGGCAUAUUCUAUCGUUUACAGCAAUUAGUCCGGGAUCAAAAUCUCAUAGGGCCCACAAGGCCCUCACGUAGAACCAACACGAAAAUAGAGGUUUGACACCAUAGGGGGAUAGUAUGGACCCUCUAGAUUACUGCUAGGUACGUAGUAGUCUAAAAUUGUGGAAUCAGUUUUUUCUAUAAAGUCGAAUUUGAAGAGCAAUGU